AUGAAAUUGGCUGACAAGAAUACACUCCAGGCCGCACAGCCUCCACAAAAUACUUUCCGUGUCGUGCCAACAAAGGAUACGUCUAGGAUAGUUACUUUGCCAGCGGGAAUGAACGAAAUUCCAUUCGAACUUCAGGUGCCCAAAGGGGCUAUCCCAAGUUUCAAUUACGCCUCGCCAAAGAGCGGUGCUAGUGUGAUUAACAGCUAUUCGGCCGAAGGUGUGGUCAAGCUUAAUGGCAAGACUGCCCGAACUGAUAGAGUAACUAUUGACGUCAAGGGCUACGGUGAUGCACAAGGUGGCCUUGGUCUCAAUGAUACUGACAGUGAAGUGGCAGUUGCUAAGAAGUACGUCACGAAAGGCAGUGGUAUCGACUAUGGCCUCGGUCAAAAGAAAGACAGCGAAAGCCGAAAAUACCGUCAUUUCGAAGCUAGUGUUGUGCAAAAGGUCGACUGUCCAGCGGUAGGAAUCCACGACGAAACGGUACUCAAGCCGAAUCUGAAGCCAAAAAAAACUGGGAAGUCAUCUUCUGUCAUAAGCAAAUACAACGACGAUCCAGCUAACACCUCCAAACUCCUGAAUGAGAACUUUAAAUUGGCGUUCGAAGAGCAAAAUGCAGCUAUCAACUCUGAUCUGCCUUCUAUAAAAACAAGAGACUUUUACAGCAGUUACAAACUCACUCUGGAGGCUGACGAUGCUACCUACGAAGCACCAAUUGCGCUUGUGGAUGACCUCAAACAAGGCUGGAUACCUACACACCUCACGCCACCCACAUCCAUCCAAAGAAUAUAA